AUGAAUGUGAAGAAGUGUUUACUUCCGGAGAUGUCUUCUAUGAAUACAAACGACAAUCAGAGCUGUUAUUUGGCUUUGAUGUCAAUGGCAGAGGAGUUCCGGACACAGACUCCUCCCGACAUGAGGUCUUGUGUCCAGUGUUUGUUGGCAUCGCUUAAUGUGUCAACACAUCCAGCAAUUGAAGCCAAAACUCAUCUUCAUUUGGGAAAUAUUUUACUUCAUUUCACCACUAAUUUAGAUAAAAGUCAAUCACAUCUCGAGAAAGCGUGGUAUUUAUCGCAAUCAGUGCCUAAUUGUGAAGAAUUAAAGUUAGAAUCGGCUUCUCUUCUCGCUAUGGUUUACGAGAAAAAGAAUGAGAUGAACAGUUCGAAGCAGAUUCUGACCAAAGCUAUCGAGGAAUCGCAGCACUGGAUCUAUUGGCACUCAAGACUACUCUUUCAAUUGGCCCAAAUCCACGCCAAUGAGAAGGAGUAUGUGUCGGCAUCUAAUAUAUUGAGUAUAGGCGCCGAUUACGCCAAUAUGUCUGGCGCUCAUUACACGCGAAUACUGUUCCUAUUGAGCAAAGGAAUGACAUUAAUGAUUGACAGACGGCUCUCGGAAGUGCAUCCAGUGUUGAGUCUCGCGGGACAGUUAGUCGAGACCUGGAAUGGAAACCUGCAGAUGAAAGAAGCGCUUAAAGUUUACUUUCUUGUGCUUCAAGUUUGCCAUCACUUGAAUGCCGGACAAGUUAAGAGCGUUAAGCCGUGUCUAAAGCUUUUACAGCAAAGCAUUCAAAGCAUAACUGCUUAUCACAGCGAAGACGAUUACGUGAACGUUAAUCCCAACGAUAUGUUCAUAUGGAUGCCGAGAGAGCACAUGUGUGUUCUCGUAUAUCUGGUGACAGUAUUGCACUCAAUGCAAGCCGGGUAUAUGGAUAAGGCGCAGAAGUACACCGAAAAGGCUCUCAUGCAAAUCGAAAAGCUUAAAGCUGUAGGCACUCACCCGAUGCUCAACACAUUUCAAUUGUUACUUCUUGAGCACAUAGCUAUGUGUCGGCUCGUUAUGGGAAACAGAACUCUUGCUAUUAAAGAGGUAUACAACGGCUCAAGCGUUGCAGAUCUGUUACAGCGAUCCGAAGCUGAAAAUAAGGCACAAACCAAUGAUUCACGCCUUACUGGGAAUACGGCUCAAGCGUUGCAGAUCUGUUACAGCGAUCCGAAGCUGAAAAUAAGGCACAAACCAAUGAUUCACGCCUUACUGGGAAUGUACGCCAUGUCCAUGAAUCUGACCGAUGCGGCCGAAGCGCAACUGGCCACUGCUUUGAGAGCUCCGAGUGCGUGCACUGAGCUCCGGGUUAUGACAUCUUUGAACUUAGCUAUCGUUUACUUAAGGAACAAAAGAGAGAAAGAAUUAAACGACUUAUUGGCGAAACUUAAUCCCGAAACUCUCCCCUCAGUACGAUAUCUGAGGGAAACUCUGAAGAUGGCAAACGGCGAAGAUUUGAAUCGAUUGACUUCCUGUUCACUCGUCCUUUUGGGACAUAUAUUUUAUUCAUCGGGAAAUAGCCGCGAGAGCAUGAAUAUGGUAACUCCGGCCAUGCAGUUGGCCAGCAAAAUACCAGACAUUCACGUCCAGCUCUGGGCUACGUCUCUACUUAAAGUUUACGUAGUGUCGAAAAGCGUUGAUGAUCUCUUGCUGGUGAAGGUCCGGACACAACUACCCGAACAUAACUAUAUUCACUGGUUCGAUAAUACGGACACAGAAUAGACUUAAUAUAUUUUAUUUUCAUUCAUGGCUUCAUUUCGAUGGAUUUAAAGCUUGUAUUUAACACAUCUGUAAUAUAAUAAAAACAUAUAAUUGUUUUCUAAUAUUAUUUCAAAAC